GCCUAUUCGGCCGAUGGCCGUUGUUCUCUUUCUUAUCGGAAGCGGGGCCAGCUGGCAGCACGGGGACGAGGCUGAUGCUAGUCUGGCAGUUUGUCGCGUCGCAGCAUGUUGCGUCUUACAAUCGUUCUUGCGAGUUUGGCAGCUUGCCAUGCACUGCCACGUCCGCUAGAAGAGAAUUCAAAACUCAAAAUUGUCGGAGGGCUGACAGCGGAUAUUAAAGACUUCCCGUUUCAGGUCUCGCUACGGAGAGAUGACGUCAUAUAUUGCGGUGGGUCCAUCUUGAGCGAGCAUUGGAUACUGACUGCUGGACACUGCGUCUACGACUUGCACGGGGAUUUGGCGUCAGUGAAGAUCCGUGUGGGUUCAACCUCACAAUCCUCCGGCGGCCAGGAGGUGGGCUUGGCGUGGGCGGCUACGCACCCACAGUUCAACAUCCGCACCUACGUCUACGACGUCGGCCUCUUGAAGGUCGACACUCCGUUGGUCCUGAACAAGGUCUCGGCGCGCCCCACUAGACUAGUGGCCGCCGGCAAGUCCCUGACGCCCGGCCAGCUUCUCACUAUCAGUGGAUGGGGACGUCUAGCGAUAAACAACCCCGACGCACCUGACCACUUACUCGCUGUGAUGCUGCCGAAUCUACCUCUGGAAGUGUGCAAAGGCCUGUACGCAACAAGGAACCUGCUGGUUGACGACACCAUGAUUUGCGCAGGUUUCGGCGGCAAAGACUCUUGCAAGGGUGACUCGGGCGGGCCAGUCGUGGACGACCAGCAGGUGCAGGUGGGCAUCGUGUCCUGGGGCGUCGGCUGCGGCGACGUGGGAUACCCCGGCCUCUACUCCAACCUCGCCAACCCCAUCCUGCGACAGUGGAUUGUACAGACCGUGGAGGCGCCUCAAAGCUAGCCCCAGACAACAUUGUCAAACACAAAACUGUGAAGCCAUUUCGAAUAAAAGGAAUAAAGCUUUACUUAUAUAUACAUUA